AUGAACGUGACCAAGCGCCUUUCUCAACGCCGCCGCUAUGGUUUCUCUGCGCUGCGGCCCUUGGUUCUCCGGCCAUCCAGCAGGAGACAUCUGUGCGUCCAGCGCAUCGCCGGCUCCUUAGGGGCUGAGAUCCAAGAUGUCGACCUCAAUCUCUUACCCGAGAAUCCAGGCAUUGCGCAGGAGAUCCGCGAAGCAAUCCUCGAGCACCAGGUAAUCUUCUUCCGCAACCAGAACCUCAAGCCAGCGGCGUUCCUCAGCUUUGCAUCGCACUUCGGCAAGCCUGCCGAAUACCCCUUUGUGCGGGGCAUUGACGGCUUCCCGGAGAUCAUCCAGGUGCUGAAGCAGGAACACGAGACCGUUAACUUUGGCGGCAUUUGGCACAGCGACACGUCGUACUUCGCCGAGCCACCCAUGGGCACGCUGCUGCUGGCGAAGGAGGUACCUCCUUUUGGCGGGGACACCAUGUUUGCUAACCAAUACGCCGCAUAUGAGGGUCUCUCCGAAGGCCUGAAGCGAACCCUAUCCUCGCUGAACGCGGUCAAUACCUCUGCCAAAGCCGAUGCUAGCAAGACCCGUGAAGACAGGAUCCGCGACAGCGGAAACGGCGCCGCUACAACCAUGCUCGAGGCCACCCAUCCUGUGGUCCGGACGCAUCCAGAGACAGGCCGCAAGGCGCUCUACGUCAGUGUCGCGCACACGGCACACUUCGAAGGUUGGACAGAAGGCGAGUCUGCGCCGUUGUUGAGCUUUCUCUUCGCGCACCAGAUCAAGCCGGAGUUCACCUGUCGAUUCCGCUGGGAGGUGGGCAGCAUCGCCUUCUGGGACAAUCGGUGCGUGCAGCACUAUCCCGUCAAUGACUAUCAUGGAUACCGAAGGAGCAUGCUCAGGAUCACGCUUGCUGGGGACAAGCCUAGAUAG